UUCAGCUAUUUUUUCUAACCACUGUCCAUAGUUACAAAACUUUUCUUGUUAUUCUUCCAGAGAUUUCGGGACAAAUAUUCAUUGAGCUUCUUUAUUCUGUCCAUAGAAAUACACCUGCUUUGAAACCUUUAUAGUCUGUGAGCCAAAAUCAUAGGCAUAUUUCCGAGUCUCCCCUGUUAGCUCACACAUUAACAACCUACAUCUCUCUGGAGUAAAGAACCCAGUGUGUUCUGACAAACGAGAUUUGGAUGUUUCUCUCUAAAAUAUUGCCCAGCCAGCAAACACACACACACACAGACACACACACAUAGAUAUAUACAUAAUACAUAUACACAUAAGGGACGUACACAUAAAGGGGAUAAUCAGAAACAUUUUCAAGGCAUCCUCUGUCUAUGCUUUAUUAUGUGAAUAUAAACACAGCCCUUACACCUGAGGCAUCAUUAUAUCAAAAGUUUUGUUGAACUUUAGGAGUAUAUCAUAGUAAAGGUGAAGGUGUGAGUUACACAUUUGCUGCCCUUGAAACACCAGGGCUUCUACCAUGACACCUCUUCAAGGCCAGCCUUACUCUGGCUUCUGUCUUCUCUUAUUUCCUACGCCCUAUAUCAAAUCUCAGGUACUAUGUGGAAAGGCCUCAAUCUUUCUUACCACAGUGUGGGAGGGUUGAUAGAAGUAUUUUUUUUCUAAUCUAUCAAUACCAAGUUAGAAUUAACUAAGAAGGAGAAGAUUUUCAAGCAUUUAUGACAGAAGCAUGAUGCUCUGCCUCCUCCAAGCUCCAUUUAAUCCAUCCAGGGCAAGACUGAGAUCCACGAACUUAUCACAAUCCAAAUACUUACAGGGUGUAAUUUGCAAUGUGGCCCCUGGAGAAUGCAUGCUCUUGUUACUACAAGAGUUUUAUGUGUAGAGAUCCAGCUGGUUAUUAAGCCAUCACCUGCCAGCUUUUUUUUUCUGAAUGCCCAUCCCCAGGGCCCAGAGAAAUGGAGACAGGAGGAUAAACUACUUUUGUUUGUUCUGGUAGACACAGAGUCUGACUGCUGUGUAUCCUGUUUCCCUUAGGGACUCUACCUUGUCCUCAGGGACAACCCGUGAAGGCUUGAGUGGAGAUAACCCCACCAUAAAACCUAUACUGCUGGUGUUCCCAGAGAGAAGGCUGCAGUCUGCAUCAGCCUAUGCUAAGAAAAGAGAGACAACUCCUGCAUCUGGAAAUUCCUUCUCUCAGAGGCUGCUGGUGGGAGCAAGAUCCUCAGCUCUGGCCUUCAAAAGCUCCUGUGAUCUCUGCACAAUUUCUCUAAAUAGAAUUAUAUUUCUGAGACAAGACCAGGCCUGAUACUACAGUGAGUAAAGGGUCUUUCACAAAGUCUGGUAGUUUAGAGAAGCUAGGGUCUGGAUGAAGGCAGGGCUCCAGAAAUCAGUACAUUGAAUGGGAGAUACAGAGAUAAUUUAUUGGCAGACAGUUUCCUGGGCUAAAGGUGGAGUUAGCAUUUGCAGAGGUGGAGUCAUAAGCUGCACAUUGAGAAUGACGCAUUGAUCAUUUAACAUUUGUGUACUUCUAUGAAACAUCCUAGUUUUCCCUUUCUAUAGCCCCUGUGGCUAUGUGGUUGGGGGAAUGACAAGCAGAGAAAAUUUAAGAAGAGUCUGAAGACUUGAUUGAAAUCUAGGAUAUGCUCUUUGAAUGUUAUUCCUAAUGUAAUGCCUUUCAUUCAUCCAUCCAUCCAUCCAUCCAUCCAUCCAUCCAUCCAUCCAUUCAUCCAACAAGUGUAGUGGGCAUUGUGCCAGCAACAGCACCUGCUAAGAACCAGGGAAGCAGCCCUGCAAAGGGGUGGGGUGAAGGCAGGAAUCGGAAUAUUAUCCUGUUAACUCUUCACAUAGAUAACCACUUGCCCUGGCCAUAUAUCAGAAAUGACUUCAGUGAAUGCUUGCUGGAUUAGUGAUGGCACACUUUCUUGGCUUGCAUGCAAAGGGAAACAGCCAGAUUUUCCUGAGUUGCUUCAGGAAGUAAAACAUUUAAUGCAAGCUUUAUUUUCCCUAAAACUAGUAAACACAGGGAAGGAAACCUCUUUGAAAUUGCAUUUGUAAACCUCAUUUCCUAAUUCAUGCUUUUACGUAUUUUCUCUAAUCAUUUACUGGAGCACCUGCAUGUGCAAUGCACUCUGCACAAAUUACAAAAUAAUUGAAAACCAAAUAUGAAAGAGAAAGUGGGGGAAAAUAUGCAAACUAAAUAAAUUAGAAAGUAAAACACAUAAGAACAUGGCUGUGAUCCUUACUCUAAAAUAAAAUGGCUAGCCAUUCUGAAAAACAACUUACUCUGUGGCUGCCCUUCUGAUAGCAAAAAUGUGGGUCUUGCAAUCCAAGUUAAGUAAAAUUCUGUGGGACUGGAUAUAGUAUACAUCACCCUGUCUGCAUUUACACUAGUUCUCUGAAACAAAUUUAUUUUCUGCUUUACUCUGGAUUAAAGGAUUUGGCAUAAUGGCUCCGAAAAAGCUUGCUGACUGAGUCAGCACCCUGUGUGCACCAUAAACCCCCUCCUUCUGUUAACUGACUAAUCCGGAUCUGCAUUUGCUCCUCAGCACAUAGCUCAUUGCCACAGCAGAGUCCAACGCAGGUACUGUCACAAGGGCAUGACAGAAAAUCAGACAUGGGUCACAGAAUUCAUUCUCCUGGGAUUUCCGCUCAGCCUAAGGAUUCAGAUGCUCCUCUCCAGGCUUUUCUCCCUGUUAUACGUCUUCACCCUGCUGGGAAAUGGGGCCAUCCUGGGGCUCAUCUGGCUGGACUCCAGACUGCACACCCCCAUGUACUUCUUUCUCUCACACCUGGCCAUCAUUGAUAUUUCGUAUGCUUCCAACAAUGUCCCCAAGAUGCUGACAAACCUUGGCUUGAACAAGAGAAAAACAAUCUCCUUUGUCCCAUGCACAAUGCAGACCUUUUUAUACAUGGCUUUUGCUCACACUGAGUGUCUCAUCUUGGUAAUGAUGUCCUAUGACCGGUACAUGGCUAUCUGCCACCCUCUGCAAUAUUCUGUCAUCAUGAGAUGGGGAGUGUGCACAGUCCUGGCUGUCACUUCUUGGGCAUGUGGUUCCCUUCUGGCCCUGGUCCAUGUGGUUCUCAUCCUGAGGCUGCCCUUCUGUGGGCCCCAUGAAAUCAACCACUUCUUCUGUGAAAUCCUGUCUGUCCUCAAGUUGGCCUGUGCUGACACCUGGCUCAACCAGGUGGUCAUCUUUGCUGCUUCAGUGUUCAUCCUGGUGGGGCCGCUCUGCUUGGUGCUGGUCUCCUACUCGCGCAUCCUGGCGGCCAUCCUGAGGAUCCAGUCUGGGGAGGGCCGCAGAAAGGCCUUCUCCACCUGCUCCUCCCACCUUUGCGUGGUGGGACUCUUCUUUGGCAGCGCCAUUGUCAUGUACAUGGCCCCCAAGUCCCGCCACCCUGAGGAGCAGCAGAAGGUCCUUUCCCUGUUUUACAGUCUUUUCAACCCGAUGCUGAACCCCUUGAUCUACAGCCUGAGGAACGCAGAGGUCAAGGGUGCCCUGAAAAGAGUGUUGUGGAAACAGAGAUCAAAGUGAGGGAUGCCAGGGAAAGUCUAGAGGGUUGAAGAUUUGCUCCCAAUGAGAUUUGUAGGAACAGUGGUGUAAAUGCCUUACAGUCUCAUCUCUUAGAUUUCUGAUAUCAAGAAUGUAUAUUGAUUGGAUUCUAUCCCUAAACGUGGAGUACCAUGCAGAUCACAAAGCACAUGCAGAAAGGCGCUGAGCCAUGUGGUGCAGCAGAGGUGCAAAGUGCCAUGAACUCCUACUCCCAGGUCCCACCCCUACCCAGGAUCUGCUUUCUGUUCUUUUGAGGCUUAGUUCUCUCAAGUUUCCUCUUAAAUUCCUCUAUUAUUUCCAUCUCUUUUUGCUAUAAGUAUAUGCUGGUAAUCCCAUACCAUAUGCUACUAUAAGAGAGUACUUGUAACCACACAGAAUAAAUACUGACCUUGGUUAAGCAGCCCUCUACUGGGAAUGUAACAACAACUAAGAGUAGAGAAAAUGCCUGGUUUGGAACCUAAAGCCUAAGGAUGAUGAUAUUAGUACUGGAAGUUCAUCUAAAUCACCCUAACAAAUCUAAUUCUGUAAAAAGCAAAGUUUAAUUGUAUAGAUUUUUUUAUAUAAAAGGCAGAGAAAUAUCAGGAUCUUUGUUUCAUUUCACUUAAUUCUGCACCAUUUAAUUAGAAAGAGUUUGGAAAGAUUUUGCAUUUAAAAUAAAUAUGAGAGAAUGUUAUUAGGGAUAGUUACCUUUUUCAUAAUUCAGAUCGCAAAGCCGGGUGUAGGUGACAAUUUAUCAUUAUGGUGAUUACAUAAAACAUUGUAGGAGUAAGAAAAUACUGCAAAGGAAGAAAGCAUCAAGGGAAACUGACAGCUUGAUGUAACAUCAUAGACCACCGCUUAGAACCAAGAACAUGUCAAGUCUUGAUAAAGACUUUCAGGAACCUCAACAAAAUUCCAAAGAGAAGCUACUCCAGGUGACAUAAAUCACUUUUCCUGGACCCAAGUGGUCAGAAUGACAUGGACAGGUAAUUUGUUUUAUUUUAACACAAGUUUGAGUCCUAAAUGAUCAGCAUAAUAUGAUAAUAUGAUUUCUUUAACACAUUGAGUAUGGUACCUUUUGGAAUUCUCUCUUUUUUCUCUCAACCCUUGUAGUAUUGUGUGAAUUCAACUGUAUGACCCAUGAUGUUAUUACAUUAUCUGCUGCCUGUACAUUUUCUAUUUUUACAAUUUUAAAAUAUAUUCUUAUCACUUCAUAUAUUUCUUCUUCCAUGAAAGAAAGAAGCAAAGGGGGAACUCUUUCCUCCCACCCCCUCUCCAAAUGCACUGUUUUCUUUUCAGUUCUCAAAAAGCCUAGUUGCUGACUAUUCUGCUCAUCCAUUCAUCUCGGUUAAACCUUCUGCCUCUGGUGAUGGCCUUUGUUUUCAUAUCUCCAUACUGUGAGGACAUUUUUUGGCCUGCAGAAAUUCACAAACCUUGCUCUGCCCUUCCCAAAGAGAGCAAUUUGAAUUAAAAAAAAAUACUGGAUCUAAAUUUAACUAUCAACCACUAUGGAAUUAUUGUGUGCACUACUCUGAAGCUAGAAAGAGAAAACAGGCACUAUUUUCAUAUAGAAAGGACUUUCUAACUAUAUCUGAAAAAAAUUAUUACAUUCCCUAAAAUAUGUAUACUUCAUGUUCUGCUUAAAACCUUUAAAAGAAAAGGGAAAGAGGAAACAUAUAGAAUAGUUCAUCUCAUAUAAAACAUAAGCAAUAGAUUUGGAUUCAGAAUUUUUUUACCUAGGGUACAGUAGAAAAAUCAGGGGGUAGAAUUCAUCCUAUGUCAGUUCUAAGUGAUUGGGAAAGAAUAGACCAAAAAGACCACAUUUCUACAGAAAGUGACAAAUAUAGAUAAAUUAUAAAGAAAUGUUCUCUAGCAGGUCUUAAUAGUGGCUCUAAUUUUAUACAUAUAUAUAUAUAUUUAAUACAUUACAGAAAAUACCUGAGUAUAUGAAAAAUUUCUAUUAAUUGUUUCCAUAUUUGAGUUGUAGAAUUUUAACAAACUAAUUAAAUGUUGGUGUUAUGACCGCUUUAUAUAUACAUAUUUUCAACAUUAAUCAGUUUUUAAAGGUCUGGGGGAAAGUGAAAGAAACAAUUGCAUUGUUUUAGGCUGCAAGUUCUACUGACUGCUUCACAAAUGUUACCCCGUUUAUCUUGCAUAAACAUCACAAUACUGUCGCUAUUAUUUUCCCCAUUUAAUAGAUAAGUAAACAAAGUUCAGAAUGAUUUAAUAACUUAUCCUAUACUAUGCAACCAGUAAUAGAACAGAGUGUUAUGGAUCAUACUGUUUGCAAACCCAAGCUGCUUCUUAGCAGCUUUCUGCCCAAAACAUUACAAAUUUUAGCUCAACAGGGGUUAGACUCAACAUCCACAUGAUGGGGCAGAGUCUGGAACAAAACAGAGUUUACAGUAUUAUAGCCAAAGUCUUAACACCAGAAAGAAUACAUCCUGUAGCCAACCCAUCUUUGGAGGAUUCAUUACCAGCUUUGGGAAGAGUAGAAACACUCACAUUAGCAGCAGCAUCAUUUUCCAAUAGUAACUCCCUCCUAAUGCCUGUCUGCAAAAUCACAUGGCCUCAUAAGGCAUUGCCCCAAAGGGACAAUCUGAACAAGAGAAACCCUGCUGUUCUCAGUGUUCAUCUUACCUAUGAUUCUGGUCUUCUUUCUAUCAUUAGGUGUACCCACCUGUGUUCUUUACCUUUAUGAUGUGAUUAAUGCUUUUCCAGGAAGUGUCCCCAUCUCUCCUGUGUACAGAUCCGUGGUGGACCUACCUUACCAGUGCUCUAGGCUGCUAGGACUGAGAAAGGGGGAACCCAGCACAGGUGCAAGCUGAGAUGCUUGCUAUGUUAGAUUCACAUCUCAAUUGUGCUACAACUUGCUAAAUAGGUCUCCUUCUAGGAAUAAUAUAGCCUCCUCAAUCCUGAGUUUUAUUUUAGGUCAGAUGUGGCUAACAAGGUUUCAGCUAGGUGCCUUAUAUAACUUUUAUGAAUGCUAAAUGAAAGACUUUAUGUGACUCUGAUUUGAAGUGAUGUAUUUUUGUGAGAAGGAUAUAAGGACAAUGAAAAUGAAAAAUGAUUACAUAGUAAGACUAAGAGCUGGUAAAAUUCAUGACUAAACAACUAUAAAACUACAAAAUCCAAUUUUAUUUUAAUGAUUCAUAAAUUAUUAUGAUACUUACUGAACAAUGGAAGUUUCUCAAAAAAUCUCAGCUCUUUGUGUUUGCAACUUUCUGUGCCUGUCUUUGUUUUUAUUUGGUUGGUGAUAUUGGGGAAGGUCUCCACCAAAGGAGGUUGAAGGUUAGUACACAGGAGGUUGGGUAUGAAAUGGUGUUCAUUGUUCCUGCUAGUAGACAAAACUGUAAGAAGAAUCCUACAUAAAAUUUUACAUUCUCUACAUAGCUUCAAUUCAAAAAGGAUUCUUGAGAUAGCAUCCAGAUAGGAAGUAUAUACAAAAAUAAUUAGUCCAUAGCUUUGUUACGUUCAUUCUCCUACCCACACACUAAGAAUUCCCAUCAACUGUGUAUCUAGAAUAGCUCCUCUAGGAAAUCUCAGUCUCUGUAUGUAGAGAUAGAAACUCACCCUGGUGACACCUUGUUAGUUGGCUGAAAUUUUGGCACUCAUAGUAGCCAACUCCUUAUAUUGGUCUCCCUGGCCUUACUAUUGCCCUGGAUACUAAUCAUAUUAGGAAAGAAAUAUAUAGAUGAGCAAAUAAAUGAGUGCAUAGCCAUAAAUAAUUUUUGAAAUGACUGUGUUUCCAUAGCCUGGAAAAAAGGAGGAAUAAAGCAAACAGGAUAAUUGUCUUCAUAUGUCCCAUCGAGAAUCUUGCAGGAGGCAAACAUAGUUGUUUAUUGCCUUCCACAAAGUGGGGAAAAAUACCCUAGAAUCAAAAAGUAGGUUUACAUAAAAGUGGAAUUAACAUCAAUAUGAGAAAAUAUUUUUGAACAUUAUAAGUUAUGCAACAAUGAGGUCUUGUGAAUUAGUGUGCAGCCUUACUAUAAACAGAAACAUAAAGGUUGAGUAAAAUAUAAAUACGUUGAACAGGCAUUUGCAAUAGAGUCUUUCCAAUGUCUCUUCAAUCUUGAAAAUUUAAGAUUUCAUAAUAAACUUUUUCAUUUUUUUAAUGAGGGGUGGAGUUUAACCUGAUUUUAAACUAACUUACAGUCAUUUAAAGAUUUUUAAAUGGUAAUUCUAAGAUAAUCUUUUUUCUGUGUCAAAAUCCUGUCUUGUUCUUCCGAGGAUUCAGCAGAGUCAUCAAAAGAAAAUAUUCAAGUAGGAAAAAAUUGUUGUAUAAGCUUCAUACUUGUGGUUCUCAUACUUUUAUUCCCACAAUGCCAUCACAACUUUAUUUCUAGAUAUACAUGGUUUCACAUUUUAAAAUAUUAGCCUGAUAUUCAGUGAUAGUAGCUCAAUGACUUUUGCCUUAAACACAGGCACAGGGACUUGCACAUGUAAUCCCCAAAACUGAAGAGAUUGAGGUGGGAGGAUCGCUUGAGCCCCGUAGUUUGAGGCUGCAGUGAGCUAUGACCAUGCUACUGCAUUCCAGCCUGGGCAACAGAGUGGGACCCCAUCUUUGAAAAAACAAACAAACAAACAAACAAAAAACCCCACAGAGCAGUGACAGAUUAAACCACAAGGAGAGGAAAUGAAAAAGACAAAAUUAGCCCCCAAGGCAAGAUAAACAUCUCUGUGGAUCAGAAACAAAACAUAAAAUCAGAUGUGUGAGUGAUGCAGAAGCCACGGGUUAGCCGACUGUUUGUAAGCUGGCCUGAGUGGAGAUAGCUUUGCUCUUAGGAACUAAAUAUAUUAAAGUUCUUCAUGCAAUAAUGGGGAACUGAGGCUUAGCACCUUCCUUGAAAAUAAGGUAUGGAGGAGGGUGGGAGGGACUGACUUCCUUUGCUUACUAAUGAAGACCAAAAAAUGUACUGUGCUGUACUGCUUCCCUAUGUAGCCAGUUGAAGACUUGUGAGAACCCAGGCCCUGCGCUGCAACCAAAUGUGGAAUCCAGACACCCACUCUGGGUGCUGGGAUUCCCAAUAUACUCAGUCUCACUAUAGGUACAUAAUUCUAAACCAUUUAUGUAAGAUCCAGGUCUGGACAGGAAGCCCAAAGAGCUGGGCCGAGACAACCCCUGAGCUUCUAGAUGAGAGAAGAGGGAGGGAGAGAGACAGAGAGAGAGAAAUGGAGAGAGAACUGGGUUUUUAAAUCUAUUUUCAGAAGCUGCCAAGAGAAGCAGCCCAAAAUAUCAACAACUGGAAAAUAAAUUCACUUCUGAUGAUGUCCCUUGUGCAUGUUCAGGAAUGAACAAUUGAUAAAUAUUUAUGUUUAUGUUUAAAUGCAUAAAAGAUUUCUUAAAGAUAUGCCAACUAUUUUAGAUGGCCAGGGAUUAAGACGGAAAAUAAUUAGAAAAUAACAGAUGGAUCCCAAAAGAUAACAACUACAGAGCUUAGAAAUAAAACACGCAUUCCCUGAAAUAAGGACUAACUCUUGUUUUUUUUUUUUUUUUUUUUUUUUUUGAGACGGAGUCUUGCUCUGUCGCCCAGGCUGGAGUGCAGUGGCACAAUCUCGGUUCACUGCAAGCUCCGCCUCCUGGUUUCAUGCCAUUCUCCUGCCUCAGCCUCCCGAAUAGCUGGGACCACAGGCGACUGCCACCAUGCCCGGCUAAUUUUUUGCAUUUUUAGUAGAGACGGGGUUUCACUGUGUUAGCCAGGAUGGUCUCGAUCUGCUGACCUCGUGAUCCACCCACCUCAGCCUCCCAAAGUGCUGGGAUUACAGGCGUAAGCCACCACGCCCGGCCAACUCUUCUUAAAUAUGAAAAAAAUUCAACUAACAGGAUAAAUUCUAGAUGGAGUACAUUAGGGGAAAAAAUGUGAAAUAGAAUAUGGAAUGCAUCGUUUUCCCAAAAUGCAACAGAGACUAUUUUUUAAGAAAAUGGAAUAAAAAGCACAUAGAAUCUAGACUCAGAUAUAAUAUCUAUUUAUCUUAUAAGGAUAUAAAAAUAAUGAUGAAAAUGGGGUAGGACAUUAUUGCUGAAAUUUUUUUCCUGAUGGCUAAACACAUGAAUUCUCAGAACAAAAGAUACUCUGAGUAUCAAGCCACAUGAAUAAAAAUAAAUUCAUAUCUAGACAUAUCAUAAUGAAAGCACAGAACAUUAAGGAGGAAAAGAAAAUAAUAAAACCUUCAGAGAAUAAAAGAAUAUCUACAAAAGAAUAACAAAUAAUAGUGGACUUCCCCUCAGCAAAACAGAUGCCAAAAGAGAAUAUUCAAAAGGAUUAGGAAAACUGUUAUUCUACAAUUUCACACACAGUUAAACUAUAAUUCAAGAAAAAGAGAAAAAUGAAAAUGUUUUCAAACAAAGUCUAAGGAAAAUUACCUCCCUUAGGUCUUCAACAGAAUUAUUAAUAAAUAUAUUGGAUAGAAAAAAAGAUGAAAACAGAAUAAAAGUAUAUAGGGUACAUGCGAAGCAUACGAGUUGAUAAAGAAUAAUAGUAAAUAUAAUUGUUGAAUGUAAACAAAAUAGCUUUUAUAUGAAAUAAUAAAAGCUCUUAGCAGCCGUAACAGGUUGAUGUAAAUAAUACCAAUGAAUAAUUAAAUCAUGGUAAAGCUCUUGACUUGACUAGAAAGGUGAAAAUGCUGAAUAAUUGUAGAUUGCAUUAGAAAAAUUUAUAAUUUAGUGUUUGUUAAAAAUUCAAAAGUAGAUCACAUUUGCCAUCUUUGAGCCCCCCACCUCUGCUGCAGUUGUAGCAGCCAAUACGUCUGUCAUCCACUCCUCAGUGGCUUCACCAGCCUUUCAGCCAGAUACAAGGCUGUUGUCCUAGUGAUUACAGCCACAUGAGUCACUGGUCAGCUCAGCGGCUAUCCCGACCUGCUGCCUGACUCCCAUAAUCUUCACCCAUUUAUGAGUGAGAACAUGCAAUAUUUGUCUUUCUGUGCCUGGCUUGUUUCACUUAAGAUAAUGACCUCUAGUUUCAUCCAUCUUGUUGUAAAAUACAUAAUUUCAUAGUUUUUUAAUGGCUGAAUAGUAUUCCAUUAUAUAUGUAUAAUACUUUUUUUAUACUUUCAUUUAUUGAUGGACACAUGUUGUAUUAGUCUGUUCUCAUGCUGCUAAUAAAGACAUACCUGAGACUGGGAAAUUUAUUUUUAAAACAGGGUUUAGUUGACUCACAGUUCAGCAUGCUGAGGAGGCCUCAGGAAACUUACAAUCAUGGCAGAAGUGGAAGCAAACACAUCCUUCUUCACACGGUGGCCGGAAGAACUGCCAAGCAAAGCAGGGAAAGCCUUUUAAAAAACCAUCAGAUCAGCCGGGCAUGGUGGCUCACACCUGUAAUCCCAGCACUUUGGGAGGCCGAGGUGGGUGGAUCACGAGGUCAGGAGUUCAAGACAAGCCUGGCCAAUAUGGUGAAACCCCAUCUCUUCUAAAAUACAAAAAUUACCGGGCAUGGUGGCACAUGCUUGUAGUCCCAGCUACUUGGGAGGCUGAGGCAGAAGAAUCACUUGAACCCAGGAGGCGGAGGUUGCAGUGAGCC